AUAUUGAAAUCGAUAAAGAAACAGCAAUUAUUUCUAAGCAAUUUAUAAGCUAAAAGAUGCCAGCACCACCUCUGUCAUUAACAAAUUUAACAGAGGCACCUAUGUGCCAAAAAACAGAGGUGAGCGACCCUGAUUCUUUGCCCCCUUGGGCUAAAAUCACACUUACGUCUGCAGAGGCAGAAAUAGAAAAAUUAAUUACAAGUAAUGAAUUGAAGGAUGCAGAAGUGACUUACUUUUGUCAAGUCGAACCUAUUCUGCAAGAUGGACCACAAUGCGGUUUAGUAGCCCUCGCAAUGGCAUCUCAAGAAUAUACAAAACCUGUUUCUGUUAGUCAAUUGUUAGCAGAAGCUAGGGUAAGAGGUUUCACUCAACAUGGAGAAGUAUACAGUGUCGAUUUCAUGGGUACUUUGGCUGCUGAAUAUUUGCCCGAUCAUAGACCGGAUAUUUUGGUUGAUUUACAACAAUGUCCAGAUACUUUAACUCAUGCAUUAGCUCAUGGAGCUAUGGUGCUUAUACCAUAUGAUUCAGAUUUCAAUCAUGCUCCCUGCUUGAAGAGAGGUCAUAAAGCUCAUUGGGCAUUACUCGUAGGACUUAUAUCAUCGAGGCAAGGGUAUCAUGUCUUAGCACGUCAUGGAAAGUCACGUCACCUCGCUUGUUGGCCAUUACGCGACUUAAUAGAAAGUAAUGGUAAUUUAGAAGAAGAAGGAACAACAAGACACGCAGGUGGAUACGUUAUACCAAAGGGUGGAGUUGGCGGCCAAAGAGGGCUACGUGGUAGAGCAUUGGCAUUGCAUCCAUACAUAUAAAAAAAUUAUGUACAAGAGCUGUAGAAAAUUAAUAUCGCAGUAAACGAAUGGGAAUCAUUAAUACAGUGUUACUAUAUCCAAGUUAUGAGGUUAAUAUUCGGGAAAUAAGAUUUAAAGAGAAAAAACCUUAAAAAAAAAAAGAAAAAAAAAAACAAAAAAAAACAGUGCUAAUACAAAAGUGAUCUAUAGUUCUUUGUAAAACAUAAUGCUUCAACUUACGCAUAUUCGAAUUACGUAAUGCAAUUUGCCAAAUGCAAAAAAAAUAAGAAAAAAAUGAUUAAAAAAAAAUGGAUUAAAAAAGAAAAAAAAAGGAUAAAUACCAAAUUUACCACUAAUUCAAUUUCAUAGUAAGUGCAAUCAUAAGUUUAAUAGCUCUCAUUUUUAUCUUUAUUAUAUGAAAUGUAAAUAAUUCUAUUAUGUCGGUGCAACUUUUGUGUAUAGUCCGUUUGCCAGCAGAACGCGUUAAAAUGUGUUACAAGUAAACGGGCUGUCGAUCGCGAACGUAUUACGUAUAAGUCAAAAUAGGAGGUAUGUUUCGUUACACAUUAAAAUCUCAGCGCGACGAGAUCAAUUUAAAAAGUGCAUUCAUUGAUGCACAUCUAAUCGGUGUGGCAAAUGCGUGUAUGCAAAAUAAAAGAAAAAAAAAAACAAAAAAACGGACGCAUGUAAUCGUCCGUACGUGCAUUGAUCUAAUAAACGUAUUAGUUAGGAGUUAUUCAAAUCAAUACUAGCCAAUAUCAAAGUAUUUAAGUAUAUUUAUUUAAAACAAUGAAGAACUUGCAGGCCUUCUUAAGGGAUAGUUGUAUGAUUUGUUUUUCUUUUGCAUUUACAUAAUCGAAAAAAAAAAUUAUAAUUAUUAUCGAAACUGUCUAAGGACCGCAAAUGCAACUUUGAAGAAAAAAUAAAAAUACUAGCCGUACCAAUUUAAGUAUAUUGUGUAACGUACGUAUACGUAGAGAAAAAAAAAGAUUAUCAAAAAUAUUCAUUCAACGUGUCGAUGAAUCAAAUAUUUAUUUAUGGAAAUGAAAGAACCUGCAUGUAUCAAGUAAAAUUAUUUACAAACAAUAAACUAAUCAUUAUUAUA